AGUUGGAUCCGCGGGUCGAACGAUUUCAGGCCGGCCCGGUUCGGCAAUUCGGGGAACCAAAAGGCAACGGGCGACGGCCGGGCACCAAUCGACCGCGAGGCGAGACCCGAGAGACGCUGAAUGGAAGCUGCCGACGUCGUCGCAGAAGAGCUCCUCUGUGUCGAAGCAGAGCUCCAGGACGUCCAAGGUCAGAUCCAAGCAUUGCUUGAUCGCCAAGUAAAGUUGUGUGAAAGACAAUCUGAGUUGAAGGCCUUGUUGGAAGAAUGUGAAGCAUCCCAAGAUGCAGUACAUGACAACAGAACAGCUUCUACUGAUGAUUGGUCUGCUAAUUUUGAAUGGGAUUCCAGAGCUGAAGACGUUGGGUUCAAUGUUUUUGGCAUUACAUCUUAUCGAGCAAAUCAAAGAGAGAUUAUAAAUGCUGUCAUGAGUGGCAGAGAUGUUUUGGUUAUAAUGGCUGCAGGAGGUGGCAAGAGCCUUUGUUAUCAACUUCCAGCUCUACUUCGUGAUGGGGUUUCUUUGGUUGUUAGUCCCUUACUUUCUCUUAUUCAAGAUCAGGUUUUAGGACUCACUACUUUAGGUGUUUCUGCCUACAUGUUAACUUCAACUACUAGCAAAGAGAAUGAGAAACUUAUCUACAAUGCCCUUGAUAAGGGAGAAAUUGAACUAAAAUUAUUGUAUGUAACUCCUGAAAAAAUUUCGAAAAGCAAGAGAUUUAUGUCAAAACUCGAAAAGUGCCAUCGUGCUGGACGCCUUUCCCUCAUAGCAAUAGAUGAGGCACAUUGCUGUAGUCAAUGGGGCCAUGAUUUUCGACCUGAUUACAAGAAUUUGGGAAUCUUGAAAAUUCAAUUUGCCAAUGUUCCUUUGAUUGCUUUAACUGCAACUGCUACUUAUAGGGUUCAAGUAGAUCUGAUGGAUAUGCUGCACAUUCCAAAAUGUGUUAAGUUUGUCAGUACAGUAAACAGACCCAAUCUCUUUUACAGGGUAAGAGAGAAAUCAUCAGUUGGGAAAGUAGUCAUUGAUGAAAUUGCAGAUUUUAUACGAGGUACAUAUUCAAAGAAUGACUCUGGGAUAGUAUAUUGCUUCUCUAGAAAGGAAUGCGAGCAGGUUGCAAAGGAAUUACGAGGAUGUGGAAUUUCAGCAGAUCACUACCAUGCUGAUAUGGAUGUAAUUGCUCGUGAAAAAGUUCAUCUGCGUUGGAGUACAAACAAACUGCAGGUCAUUGUUGCCAAGGUAGCUUUUGGAAUGGGCAUUAAUAAGCCAGAUGUGAGGUUUGUUGUUCAUCAUAGCCUCAGUAAAUCCAUGGAGACAUACUAUCAGGAGAGUGGUCGAGCUGGGAGAGAUGGUCUUCCUUCUGAUUGUGUUCUAUAUUAUCGGUCAGGCGAUGUCCCUCGUCAGAGUUCCAUGGUCUUUUAUGAGAAUACUGGGUUGCAGAAUCUCUACGACAUUGUACGAUAUUGUCAGUCUAGAAAAAAUUGCCGCCGUGGAGCUUUUUUUCGGCAUUUUGCAGAACCUCCAAAAGAUUGCAAUGGAAUGUGUGAUAACUGUGCCCACGAAACUGAGGUUAAAGAAUUGGACGCAUCCAAUCAUGCUAAGUUGAUUGUUUCAUUGUUACAUGAAUUGCAAGAAAAUGACCAGAGAGCAACAAUGUUGCAACUGGUGGAGAGGUUCAAAGUGAAGAUCAGGGAAUUGGGUACUUCCAGUCCAGCUCCUGAUCUCAAGAAGGAAGAAAUCGAGCAGAUGAUUGUUCAGCUUUUGUUAGAUCAUGUGUUGAAAGAAGAAUUUCAGCAUACAGCAUAUGCAACAAAUUCCUACCUCGCAUUAGGAUCAUUGUGGAAGUUGGUUUCGCAAGGAAAGAAGCAAGUUAUACUUGAGAUUAGUACUAGACAACAUGCUAUUGGCAUGCCAAAAAAUGCUAAGCGCACCCGAAUGUCUCAAUUGGAACUCAAGCUUGAUGAGCUGCGAAAAGAACUCUCCUCAAGUAAUACAGGAGUUUUACCUCAUGCUAUUCUAUCUUCCCAACAGAUCAGCACACUGGGUGCCCAGAAACCAACUUCCUUGGCAUAUCUAGAAAAGUUAAUCGGCAAAGUUAAGACCGAAAAGUACGGCGAGAGAAUUAUUGAUUUAAUUCAGGAGUACCUGAAGUCAGAGCAGGGUAAUGAUGGUGCUACUGGUACAGCCAAAGACACUACACAGGAACGCAGCAAAAAACAGAAGAAUAAACAAGUUGUUCUUGUUGAAAGCAGUGAAGAUGACCAAUGAAACAAGAUGUUGCGAGUAUAUUAAUGUAAUUCCUUGUCUUAUUUGCUGACUAGGAAGUAUAUAUAGUCUUAGCUUUUUAUCGAUGUGGUACUCGUAUAAAUUCGAUGCAUGACUUCAGUCUAUUUAUACAAGUCUACAGAAUAAAGAUUCUGCGUU